AUGAUACGAAAAAUUGUCGAAAGAGGAAUUAUGAGAAAAAAUGCACACCGGAGUUACUUCCCUUUGGGUAAACACAGUGGGGAGUGCCUCCUCAGUGACAAAAAGUAUGUACACUACGAAGGUGGCUUGAAAAGGGGGAGUAACCAUUUAGGCAAUGAUCCUGCUGAGGGAGGCAACAACGUUGACAGUUGUAUUGCCAACCGUGUUAGCGAUAGCGGCCACGCCAGCUCACCCCUCGGCGAGGAAAACAAAAUAGUUGUACACCAAAAGUACAAAGUGCAAAUGGCCCUGUGCAUAGACAGAUUCCCCCUGACCUUUGAGCAGGAAGAGUUUGAAAAAGAUUUCGAAGAUUUCAAAGACAAAUGGCUUCAAAAAACGAACAACAAUUUGAAUAUCAACGAGGAAUUUUUACACAUGAAAUAUAAUUUGAGUUCCUUUCACGAUCGGAAAAAGGAAAAUCACCUUGAGAGCACCAAUUUAGAGGAUGAUAUGGGGCACCAAAAAGGUAAAAAAGAUAAAGGUGUGGAUCAUAUGCCAGGUGAAGAAGCGACGUCUGUAGAAAAUGACGACCUCGAAAAUUUGUUUGCCAAAGAAGUGGUGAAAUAUAAAAAAACAAGUAAGUGGAUGUUCCCAUUGAUGGAUUUUAAAAAAAAAUUAACAAUCAGACAAAAUUUACAACACUUAUGCACGGAACAUUUAAAGUGUGAAAUGCCAUUUUUUAUUGGCUACUGUCCUUGUACGUUUGAAAAAAGAAAAUAUAAAAUUCCUCUUCUAUUUAACGAAAUUAUCGGGAGAAAAAUCUUCUACUACAGAGCGCAUUACCUGAACCACGACGUUAACUUGAAUCUGUCCAACAAUGAGCAUAUAGAUGACUUUGCGUGGUUGUCACGCUCCGAGCUGAAAGACUUCCUCUCCAGCAGCAAAUACCAAGUCAUAAAGUGUGCCAUCCCCCUGACGUGA